GCGCGACCGUGCCUAGCUGAAGCGCAGAUGGCGUGACUGCAGUCACAGACGAGAGGGGAGGAGCAGCGAAAGUGAAAGUACGCAGUUUAUUUCUUCAGACUCCAUUUUCGGUCGACAAAGCAGAACGAAAAAGGGGAAGAGAAAUUUAGGAUUGAUGGAAGUCCACAGCUCAUUUGUUUGUGUAGACAAAGAGAAGGACAGAGCAGAGUCGGCACUAUUGCCUUUGAGGAGUGACUGGUCCAAACACGAACUUCACAACUUCAAUAAUGAACCUGGACCCUCAGACACAAAAGGUCAGUACCACAGAGAGAGAGCAGAGUCUCCAGUAUCCAGCUGUCUGUCCAUAAAGGGUGACUGGUCAAAAGAAGAACCUAUAUGCUUCCAUAAUGAACCUGGACCAUUGCACGCAAAAGGUCAGUACCACAGAGAGAGAGCAGAGUCUCCAGUAUCCAGCUGUCUGUCCAUGAAGAGUGACUGGUCAAAAGAAGAACCUAUAUGCUUCCAUAAUGAACCUGGACCAUUGCACGCAAAAGGUCAGUACCACAGAGAGAGAGCAGAGUCUCCAGUAUCCAGCUGUCUGUCCAUGAAGAGUGACUGGUCAAAAGAAGAACCUAUAUGCUUCCAUAAUGAACCUGGACCAUUACAGACAAAAGGUCAGUACCACAGAGAGAGAGCAGAGUCUCCAGUAUCCAGCUGUCUGUCCAUGAAGAGUGACUGGUCAAAAGAAGAACCUAUAUGCUUCCAUAAUGAACCUGGACCAUUACAGACAAAAGGUCAGUACCACAGAGAGAGAGCAGAGUCUCCAGUAUCCAGCUGUCUGUCCAUGAAGAGUGACUGGUCAAAAGACGAACCUAUAUGCUUCCAUAAUGAACCUGGACCAUCGCACACAAAAGGUCAGUACCACAGCCAGAGAGCAGAGUCUCCAGUAUCCAACUGUCUGUCCAUGAAGAGUGAGUGCUCUAAAGAAGAACCUAUAUGCUUCCGCAGUGAACCUGGACCCUUACACACAAAGUGCCUACUAAGCACAUUGUUCCCACUAUUUUAUGGUAUUCGGGACCGAUCAGAGUCUACAGUAUCCAUCUGGCUGUUAAUUAGGACUUACUGGUCCAGAGGAAAACCUGCACUGUUUUGUAAUGAACUCGGGCCCUCACACACAAAAGGCAGAGGUCAGUACCCCAGACAGAGAGUGGAGUCUCCAGUGUCCAGCUGUCUGUCCAUGAACAGUGACUGGUCUAUAGAAGAAUGCUUCCUUAAUGAACCUGGACACUCACGCACAAGAGGGAGGAAGAGAAGUCAUGUUUCUGUGGAGCAGCAGCUGUCCUGCUGUGCUUUGUGUCAGGAAGUCCUGAAGGAUGCAGUCUCCACCAGCUGUGGACACUGGUUCUGCAGACAGUGCAUCACCUCAUACUGGGACCAGUCUGCUUCAUCAGGAGACUCCUCCUGUCCCCAGUGUGGACAAAACUCCAGAACAGCAGAUGUUUGUCUUCAGGAGGUUUUAUAUGAACAUAAGAUCAGUCUGAGGAGGAGAUGUGAACGUGUGGCUGAAGGAACUGACAUAAAAGGAAAUGGAACCCUCCUCAACACAAUCUACACUGAGCUCUACAUCACUGAAGGACAGAGUGAAGAAGUUAAUACUGAACAUGAAGUGAAGCAGGUUGAGACAGCUUCCAAAAUGAAGCUCCUCAGUGACAUUGCAAUCAAGUGCCACGACAUCUUUAAAGCCUUAAGUGAACAACAGAGACACAUCAGAGUGGUUCUGACCAACGGUGUUGCUGGCAUUGGAAAAACUUUCUUAGUGCAGAAGUUCACUCUGGACUGGGCAGAGGGUUUAGAAAACCAAGAUGUCACUGUGGUGAUUCUGCUUUCGUUCAGGGAGCUGAAUCUGAUCAAAGAUGAGCAAUACUGUCUUCUCAGGCUGCUACAUGUUUUCCAUCCAACAUUACAGAAGGUCACAGCAGAGAAGCUGACUGUGUAUAAACUUCUGUUCAUCUUUGAUGGCCUGGAUGAAAGCAGACUUUCAUUGGACUUCAACAAUAGUGAGGUUGUGUCUGAUGUCACACAGAAGGCAUCAGUCAGCCUUCUGCUGACAAACCUCAUUAAGGGGAAACUGCUUCCCUCGGCUCUGGUCUGGAUAACUUCCAGACCUGCAGCAGCCAACCAGAUCCCUCCUACGUGUAUUGACAGGGUAACAGAAGUACGAGGCUUCACUGAUGUCCAGAAGGAGGAGUACUUCAGGAGGAGGUUCAGUGAUGAAGAGCUGUCUGGCAAAAUCAGCUCCCACAUCAAAACAUCCAGGAGCCUCCACAUUAUGUGUGGAAUCCCAGUCUUCUGCUGGAUCACUGCUACAGUUCUGGAGCACAUGUUGUCAACUGAGCAGAGAGAAGAACUGCCCAAGACCCUGACUGACAUGUACUCACACUUCCUGCUGGUUCAGACAAAGAGAAAGAAGAACAAGUACAGUGAUGGGCAUGAGACAAGUCCACAGGAGCUGAUAGAGGCUGACAAGGAGGUUCUUCUGAAGCUGGGGAGGCUGGCUUUUGAACAUCUGGAGAAAGGAAACAUCAUGUUCUACCAAGAAGACCUGGAGCGCUGUGGUCUUGAUGUGACAGAUGUCUCAGUGUACUCAGGAGUUUGUACAGAGAUAUUUAAAGGAGAGAGUGUGAUCUUCCAGAAAACAGUCUACUGCUUUGUUCAUCUGAGUGUUCAGGAGUUUCUGGCUGCAGUCUACAUGUUCCACUGUUACACCAACAAGGAGACAAAGGUGCUGGAGGACUUCUUGUGGAAGGACUUCCAGUAUACAACAAAGUUUCUGGAUGACUUUCUGAAUAGAGCCAUAGUGAAAUCCAUGGACAGUAAAAAUGGUCAUCUGGACCUGUUUGUUCGCUUCCUUCAUGGCCUCUCUCUGGAGUCCAACCAGAGACUCUUAGGAGGCCUGCUGGGUGAGACAGAGAACAGUCCAGUUAUCGUCCAGAGAGCCAUCAACAAGCUGAAAGAGAUGAAUACUGGUAACAUCUCCCCAGACAGAAGCAUCAACAUCUUCCACUGUCUGAUGGAGAUGAAUGACCUCUCAGUUCAUCAGGAGAUCCAAGGAUUCCUGAAGUCAGAGAACAGAUCAGAGACGAAACUCUCUGUGAUCCAAUGCUCAGCUUUGGCAUACAUGCUGCAGAUGUCAGAGGAGGUUCUGAGUGAGUUGGAUCUGAAUAAGUACAACGCAUCCAAGGAGGGACGUCGGAGACUGAUCUCAGCCGUAAGGAACUGCAGAAAGGCUCGACUUACCAGAUGUGAACUCUCACAGACUCACUGUGAAAUUGUAGCUUCAGCUCUGAAGGCUAAUCCAUCCUAUCUGAGAGAUCUGGAGCUGAGUUACAACAAGUUGGAGGAUUCAGACAUGAAGCUGUUAUCUGGUGGACUGGAGAGUCCAAACUGUAGACUGGAGACUCUGAGAUUGUGGGGCUGCAGGUUGUCAGAGAUCAGCUGUAAUUCCCUUGUCUCAGCUCUGAAGUCCAAUCCCUACCAUUUGAGAGAGUUGGACCUGAGUUACAACAGUCUGAAGGAUUCAGGAGUGAAGCAACUGUGUGGCUUUCUGGAGUGCCCACACUGUAGACUGCAUACUCUGAGAUUGAGGGACUGUAGUGUAUCAGAGAUCAGUUGUGAUUCUCUGGUACCAGCUCUGAGGUCCAACUCCUCCCAUCUGAGACAUCUGGACUUGAGCAGAAACUCCAAUCUGCGGGAUUCAGGAGUGAAUCAGCUGUGUGGUUUCCUGGAGAGUCCAGACUGUGGACUGGAGACUCUGAGAUUGUAUCACUGCAGCUUGACAAAGAUCAGCUGUGAUUCUGUGGUAUCAGCUCUGAAGUCCAACCCCUCCCAUCUGCUGUAUCUGGACAUGAGUGAAAACGAACUGCUGGAUUCAGGAGUGAAGCAGCUGUGUGGUUUUCUGGAGAGUCCACACUCUAGACUAGAGGCACUGAUAUUGAGUCGCUGCAGUUUGUCAGUGACCAGCUGUGAUUCUCUGGUCUCAGCUCUUAAGUCCAACCCCUGCCAUCUGAGAGAACUGGACCUGACAUAUAACGGCCUGCAAGAUACAGCAAUGAAGCAGCUGCUUGAUCUUGUGGAGAGUCCAAACUGUAGACUGGAGACACUGAGAUAUCUUCAGUGACAACCUCCACAUCUGCCAGCUGACGUGAGAUGUUCAUUGCCACACAUGGACAGUUUCUUUAAAUGGAGUAGCAGGAAAUCCAUCUCUAAAGAGUUUGUACAAUAAUGAAGUGUCUCAGCAGUUUGUUUUUACUGUGGACUUGAGUUGAAUCUGCAGAGGAAAUAUUAUGUUAAUUGAAAUGCAGGUCUGUGUGUGUUCACUCCAACACAUUAACAUGAGAUCUGAGAAACAGGUGGAAGCUUGCUCCCCUGCUGCUCUGAACGGGACUGAAGUCCCUGCUGCUCUUUACACUGAAGUGCUGCAUCACUAACUAAUGUCAUGACCCAGCUCCAAGGCAAUGACAAAUACGGAAGGUCGCAGUGCCAAAAUAGGCUUAUUUAAAUAAAGACACACAAAAAGAACAAAAUACGAGCAUGAGAUGUGUGAGUCUAUAUAAUCAGUAAUGUACAUGUGAGUGUGUGGAAUAUGAAGUGUGUAGUGUUGUAGAGAUAAAUUAAACAAACAAAAGACACAGGCACUGGCGAGAGAGCCACUGAACCAAACAGCGACGGAACCAGGAGAGACGGGAAAACGAGAGAGCAGUCAGUCAGCAGUGGCUUUGGUCUUCAUCCAUGCACCGGGCCCAGGUGCUCACGAUCUGGGUGGAUCAGCUGUUCACCUUGGAAGAAAACAUUAUAUGCCAUUGGUUAGUUAUGCCAAGAGGUCAGCAGGGGCCGUAACACUGACAGGUGUUGAAGGGAGUCUCUGGAAAUUAUCUAUUUCCUCUCUUCUUGUUCUCUAGAGAUAGUGGCCAUUUUUGUGAAGAUGAGAGUUAAUUGGACAGCAGAUAAAUACUGUAAAAUAAACCACACCAAUAACUGCCCUCCCCACACCACCCCACCCACCAGAUCUGUCAACAAUGGAAAGAUAUACAAUGCUGAAGAGUAUUAAGUGGAGAAGAACAGUAGGAGGAGAUGAAGGCUGUUGAGGAAUUUUGAUGAACUAAUAGUCAGCCUCUAAUCAAAAGAAUGCGUGAUGAAUCUUUUGAAAGUUCAUGUUUACAUGCACAUGUCGUACAUACACAUUACAUUAAAAAUGCAUUGUUGUAAAUAACUCAUGUUAAAGAAAAACACAAUAUUUACCUCAAACAUUUAUUAUAUUAAGUUUAUGUUAACCGCAACAGAAUUUAACUGUGGAUGAUCAAACAGUCAUUAAAAAGAGGUCAUGUCAAUCACAGCCUAGUGUUCAUUUGGUUCAACAUUAUACUGUGCUAUACAUUCUGUACGACCCUAAAUGUACUUUGAGUUAAUAUGUGGAUGAUAAUUUAAGUUCAUAGGUUUAAUGACGAUUUAUGUUUAUGCUGAUAAAAAAAAGAGCUAUUUAUAGAUUAAAAUAUUGACAGUUUGUAUUUACACUAGUUAAGAAGUUAAAAGGUUAAUUCAUUGCACUCAAUUAUGUGUGUGGAUCAUUUAAAAUGUUUAAAUUUCUCACCUGUAUUGUUUUUGUGAUAUUUAGGAGUACAUUGUAGCUUUCUAGUCAUUUUGCAUAUUUCGUGGACUUGUACCGCUGUUUCAUUUUUGAAGUAAACAGUUGAAC